UUUGCGAGUGGGGUCCCACAUUCCGGGGCGAGUGGCCCUGGGAUGGGAGAGGCGUUUGUGAAGCACCAGUUUCAGGGGUCGUGGCGGGGUGGUGAUCAUUGACGCAAGGGCUUAGCGCAUUCCACGUUUCUUAGACAUUUGGAGCUCCUUUCUGCAAAGCAGCUUCUUUCUGCAAAGCACGAUCGUAGGAUUGGAAAAGGUAUAUGGACUGAUGGUAAACGCAGCAUAGAGUCUGGAUUGGAAUCCAACGCCGCAUUUAUCAUCAGAAGAUCGGGUUGAAAUAUUGAGAUGGACAAGUCGAGUAGAGAAGGGACAAAAUUCCUUUACCGCCGAGAGAGCCUUAGACAAGCCAGUAUAUCGAAUACAUACCUCAACGAAAAUCCGUCUUCCGCCUUGCCAGGAUUUUAUACCCAAGCUAGCAAAAUAGAUAAGAUAAAAAUACGCCUCCCUCGCGCUUUUACUUCCCUCCACGCAUCACCCACCGAAACCAUCGAAACAACAACAAUCAUGUACAACGAAUCAGCAACAGUCCCCGUUGCCACAACGGCAGCGAUGCGCUCACUCGAUAUCAAGAUCUUGUUUGGUCUCCUCAUAGCCCUCAUCGUCAUUCUCGCUAUCGCGUAUCUCUGCUGCAUUCGUGCACUUCCUCAAGACUAUAGCGAAAUAUACAAAGAAGACCUCCUAUUCUCAACGCCAAGAUACAUCAACGCACACCUCAAGUGGCUCACCGACGCAGUCGCCUUGCUUCCCACCACGAUGAACCAUGAAGAAGUGCACAAGCGAUAUAUUGGGGUGGAGAAGCGAUUGAAGCGAUAUUGCAAGUGGCAGGUCAAGAAGAAGGCGAUGAAGAAGGCGAUGGCACUGGUUUGGGAUGAGGCGGGGAUGGUGGCUCAACGUAGGGAGUUUCUCAUGAGGCUGGAUAUGGUGUUGAGGAUGAGGAAGGAGGCGCUGGUGGUGAUGGAGAAUGGUGGUGCUGCGGUGGAUCUGAGUCUUGAGAGGAAGAGGGUUGAUGCUGCUGCUAGGGUGUUUUCAGCUGAGAGAUGGGGUGCUUUUAUUUAGUACGAGCAUACGGUUUGAUUUUUCAGACCCUUAUGUUGUACUCGUGCGAUGG